AUGAACGAAUUCAAGGAUGAUAAUCACAAAACUCUUGAUUAUAAUGAAACUGUCCAUUAACAGGAGAUGUUUUAAACAGCAUUUUCUAAAGCGGAUCAGAAUACCUAAAAUUUCAAUAAUACACAUUUUUCGUGCAUUCUAAAUCAUUAUAGAAGAAUUCCCAUAUAAGAAUUAGAUAAAUUAACUUUUAUAAUUCUAGAUUGUGAUUAUAAAUUGAAUACAAAUUAAAUUAGACUAUUUGGUAUUACAGAUUAACAACAAUCCUUAGAAAUUAAGAUAAUAGACUAUUUUCCUUAUUUCUAUAUUCCUUUUCCCUCAAAAUUAGUAAGGGAUGAUAAGGAUAUUGAUUAUUUUUUACAUUAAUUUAAUAAUCAUCUUUAUAAAAACGGGAUUAUCGCUGAAUCGUAACCAAUUAGAGAAAUUACUGUUGUUGAGAGUGAAAUUAUAAGGAAUUAUAAAGGUUAAAAUUACCAAAAAGAACCUUUUUUAAAAUUAAGUUUUUAUAAUGUUAGUUCAAUGAAGAAAGUAGCUUAACUCAUAGAAAAAGGGUUAAAUCUAAACGGAUUUUAGUUUGCAAAGUAAACUUAUGAAUGUAGAAUAACAUAUCCAUUAAAAUUUAUGAUCGAUUUAAAUUUAAGAGGCAUGGGAUGGGCAAUGGCGAAAAAUCUCAAAGAAGAUGGAGAGUCUAAUUGUUAAAAAAGUUACUUAGCAAAAACUGAAGAUAUUAGUCCUCAUGAAGAUUAAUAACAUAUACCAAACUUAAGAAUAAUUAGUCUUGACAUUCAAACAAUUUUUCCAUCGCAAAUAACACUUGAUUCUUCUAAAGAAAUUAUCGUUAUUACUUGUGUAAUACAAAUCAAUCCAGUAUUUGAGAGACGAAUUGUGUUUACCUAAAAAAAAUGCUAUGAAAUAAUAAAUGCGAUAAUCUAUUAAUCAGAAAAUGAAAUAGAUUUAUUAAAAUAAUUCAACUAAUUUUUUCUAUCUUUUGAUCCUGAUGUUAUUACAGGUUACAAUCUACAUGAUGAAUUAUUACCUUUAAUUAUAUAAAGAUCAAGAACUUUGGGACUUAAUUGUCAAUAUUUGAAUUAUGGCAGAUCAAAAAAUGAAGAAAGUUUAAUAUCUAAUGGUAGAUUCUUUAGUACUGUAAUGAGAAUGAGAGAAACAAAAUUUGUUGAGACAAAUGGUAGAAUUCAAUUAGAUACGUUGAUUUGUAUGUUGAGGGACACAAAAAUAUCUUAGUAUUCACUUGGAAGUAUUUAUUAUUCGCUUUUUAAUCGAUAAAUAGAAAUAUAUGAUUAAGAAACUAUCUUUUAGUUAUAUGAAUAGAAUAAUAUUAAAAGAAUAUCUACAUAUAGUUUAAGAAAGUCAGAAGCUUGUUUAGAAAUAUUACUUUAUAAAGGAUGGAUUUACACUUAUGCAGAAAUUUCAAAAGUUACUGGAGUACCAAUCGACUAUAUUAUAUAGAGAGGUUAAUCGAUUAAAGUAUUGUCAUAACUACUUAGAUAGACCAAAAAAAAUGAAUAUUUGGUUCCUGAUGAAAAUCAUCUGGUAAAGCCAGAUACAUCUAAUUUAAAAGGAGCCUUGGUGUUAGAACCUAAAAAGGGCUUUUAUAAAAUACCAUUAGCUCUCUUUGAUUUUGUAUCCUUGUACCCAAGUAUAAUCAUAGCAUAUAACAUGUGCUACACAACAAUAAUUAAGGAUUAUUCUAUCAAGUUAAAUGAAAAUGAUUACCAUAUCAUCCCAGAAUUUGGGCAUAAAUUUGUUAAAUAGCAUAUAAAAAAGGGAAUAUUGCCAUAAAUUUUAGAAAAUUUGUUAGCAAAAAGGGCAGUAACAAAACAGGAAUUUUAGCUAAGAAGAAGAUAAGUAAAAGAAAAGUCUAUUAGAUGCUAGAUAGCAAGCAUUAAAAAUCGCUGCUAAUUCUAUCUUUGGAUUUACUGGCUGUGCAGAGCAUGGGUAUCUUCCCUGUUUAGAAAUUACAUAAUCUAUACUCAGGGUAGGAAGAGCCAUAUUAUAAAAUUUCGAUAUCUAUUAUUAAUAACAAUUUAUCCAAAUGCUGAAAUUCUUAUAUGGAGACACAGACUUCAUUAUUAAUAAAUUUCCAAAAUUUUAAGAUUUAAGCAUUCUAAUUUAAGUAACUAGUUUCCUUUUCCCAAAGCCAAUAAAAUCUUUUCUUUUUGA